AUGCCGCCGCCGAGGUUGCAGCAAGGCCUACUGGCUCAAUUCAGCCAGAUGACCCUUUCUGCGUCACGUCCGAGAGUCCUCCAGCAGCCAUGCAUGGCCCAAUGCCAAUUCCUCGCCCGCGCACCCCUUCUUCAUAAGCCCUCAGUCCGCUCCUUUGCCUCGACACCCGCUCGUCUCAACUACCUUGCUCCCAAAGCCGGCGAGUCGCGCAAGUCACGCAAAGGCCGAUGCCGCGUCCCAACCGGAGGAAGCAUGCGCGGCACCACGGUGGUAUGGGGUGACUACGGCAUUCGAAUGCGCGACCACGACCGCCGCAUCAGCGCACAUCAGCUCCGCAUCGCCGAGGAAACCAUCAGGAAGAGGCUGCGAGGCAUGAAGUUCCGCAUGUACAUGCGUAUCGCGGCCAACAUUGGUGUCUACACGAGCGGCAACGACGUCCGUAUGGGAAAGGGAAAGGGCAGCUUCGAUCGCUGGACUGCGCGUGUGGCAGUUAGCAAGAUCAUCUUCGAGAUCCAGGGCGAUUUGCACGAGCAGGUCGUGAGGGAUGCUUUCAGGCUUGCGGGCAACAAAUUGCCUGGUCUGUACGAGUUUGUGAAGAAGGGUGAUCCGCCCGUCAUGGGCCUGACAAAGGUUGGGAUCAAUGGAGUUACCGAAGAGGACCUCAAGAGACCGAGGCGGAAGCUACCACUCGAACAAUUGGCUGCUGGGUUGCCAGCCGCCUCAUCAGCGCCAUCACCACCAGCUUAG